UAAAACAUCAAAAUUUGGUUUUCGUUUGGUGGUGGCAGCAUCGGCCGGGCCAGAUUAAAUUACCCGACGGGUCGGAUUUGGCCCAUGUUAGGUCUAGAGCUUUAUUAAUUAAGAAGUUGAAGUUGGUGGUUUACUAAAUGGUGAUGCGUCUUGUCUUGCGUGUGUGUUGAAUUCAUUGCGGUCACUAUAACUUCGACACAUCAUUGAUCUCCUUCAUAUGACUUCACAAUAUCGUGAUUUGCCAGCUGCUGCAUGUCCGCAAAUACCAUGAUAUAUGAAAAAUUUAGUAAUUACGUAAUGAACGUUACAAACGUGGAAACCCGAUACAAUCAUGUAACUCGUUUCUUUGUUUUCUGUCCGAAUGAUGAUCGCAAGUGGGUUAAGUAAACGUUAUACAUAGUAACUAUAAUUUCUCUUUUAUUUUUCCGAGUAAGGGUAUGAAUCAUUUUUAAACAUCAACGGAGGUAUUAGAGUUUUGUACGUAUGUAGGCCGAAUCAAAAAACACACAGUUGAAGCUUCGCUCAGUAAAAAUUUGAUAUGGAAAUACCAUUGGUAGAUUUCAGCGGUUGUGGUUUAGAAGUUGAUCUUGUUUCAAAGGAGAUGAUGGAAUCAGUUGGAAACGAAAUAUACAAAGCAUUUUCCGAAGUUGGAUUUGUUUAUCUCGUGCAUUGUGGCGUACCAAGUGAAUUGGUAGAUGACGUCAUGAAAGUAUCAAAUCAUUUUUUCCUAAUGAGUUCUGAUGCAAAACGAAAAUAUAAAUUCGAUGAAAAUUAUAGCGGAUAUCAUGAAUUUUUGAAAGAAGGAACAAAUCCGCAACGACCAAAGGAUAUCAAAGAAUCUUAUCAGGUUGGUGGAAUGGCGCUCGAUUCCGGACAAAUAUCAUGGCCAGAUGUCGAAGUGCCAGGAUUCUCGACUAAUUUGAUGAAAUUGUUUGAGGAAUGCAAGAAACUUUCAAUGCGAAUACUCGAGGUUCUCGCAACAGGAAUGAAAAUUAAAGACAAAGAAUACUUUCUCCAAUGCCAUUCACGAAUAGGAAAAGAACGCAACUACACAACAUUAAGAUCAUUAUAUUAUCCACCAGUUCCUGAGAAUGCAGAUGUAAAAUCAAACCAGAUUCGUCUUGGAGAACAUUCGGAUUUUGGAACAAUGACAUUGCUAUUCCAAGACGAUAUUGGAGGACUAGAGGUCGAAACAUACAACGGAGAAUACAUUGAGGCAAAACCAAUUCCAGGAACAGUUCUUGUAAACAUAGGCGAUUUGCUGCAGUUUUGGACAAACGGAAGAUUGAAGUCAACGAAACAUCGGAUCAUGAUACCCACUGAAGAAUCGAAACGCAAAAGGCAUCGACAAUCGUUAGCUUAUUUCGUUCAUCCAAAUUAUGAAGUCAAGCUGACUGAAAUUGAGUACGAAGCUUCAGGAUCACAAUUUACGAAUUAUUCAAAACAUUUUACAUCAGACUAUGAUCGCAACGUUACAGCCGUAGAGUAUACUGAAGCCCGUUACAAAAAUACGUAUCGCUAACUGACCAAAGCUAUGGUAUCCCAAAAUGGCAAUGGUAUUCCCUUUAGAAUCAAGUCAUGGCUAUUAAAGACCUAUGGCCAUUGCAUAUUUCAUUUUAUGGAACUACUUAUGAAUAAUAACAGGCUGGGGGAAUUUUAACAAUAGGUUUCAGCUUCCCGGAUGCGAGUACGGAAGUUUUUAUCAUAAAUAAAUGAGGAGGGAUCGCUAAUUUUAUGUUUUUCUAAAAAUUUACCAAUAAUGCAAACUUGGGCCAAGGCGUUACAUCCUGAGGUAUUGCGAAGUGUUGUGUCUUUUAUUAUGUUGAGUGCAAUUGUCUAAGUCUAAGCUUUGCUAGAAAUGAGCCUUUAAAGCAAAUAGGCUUGGUGUGUUGUGCUACCCUUUAUGAAUACCCUUGUGUUUUCAUUGCCCCAUUCGGGAACGAUGGAUUGGAAUGUAAUUUUAUAACCUGAUCUAGGAUUUUCAAAUCGGAGAAGAUACCGUAAUUUGCUUUGGGAAAUGUCGGCACUCCUGUUACCUGGAAUAAAUGGAUUGGGAAAUUGAUGUCAAUUCUAUGUUAGUAUGAAACAGACCAGAAUUUUUCAAUCUAGCGCACAGUCGUUUAGGUCGAGGAAGCCCUAAAUGUUGCCUCUGGCUUGCUUACAAUGUUAAUAAAAUAGUCAUAUAUAUAUA